AUGGUCGGACUUCACGAAAUUAUUAAAAAACGCAUUCUAAACGCAAUUAAAUCUGUAAAUGCACCUGGUGGCUGGAAGGUCGUAGUAGUAGAUGACCAUUCACUAAAGGUUAUUGAAUCUACGUGUAAGACCUUCGACAUUCUCGAAGAGAAAGUUACCUUGGUAGAAAACCUUCAACAAACCCGCCAACCUAAUCCAAGUUUUGAUGCUGUUUAUAUCAUUACUCCGUCACAUAAUUCUGUCGAAAAGGUGAUUGAGGACUUUACUAGACAAAAGCCUCCUUUAUAUGCUGGCGCUCAUAUAUUUUUCAUAUCUCCUCCUGAUGAUCCGAUCUUUCAAAGGUUGCGCUCUUCUUUACCUCCGAAUUUCUUAAAAUCAUUUGAAAUACUCUAUAUUGAUUUUCAUGUUCGAGAAUCUCAAGUAUAUUCCUUAGAAUCUCCCUCAAGCUUCUUCAAAUUAUAUUCACCUGAUGAAAGUCCUUUGUUUGAUGGUGAACUGAGAAAACUUGCAAAGCAGCUCCUUUCCGUUUGUGUUUCAUUAGGUGAAGAAAACCCUUUAAUACGUUUUCAAAGGGGAAUUGAGUCUGAUCAUGCAACGAAAGAACUAUCUUUAAAAUUAGCUCAAAUAGUACAAGCCGAGUUCGAUGAACAUGCAAGAAAUAGAAGACGUCAAUCACCUCCACAAGAUAUACAACGUCCACGAGCUGUUUUAUUUAUUGUAGACCGAUCUAUUGAUAUGUACACUCCAAUAUUACAUGAAUUUACUUACCAAGCUAUGGCAAAUGAUGUUUUGCAAAUUGAAAAUGGUCGAAAGUUUACCUACAAUUAUACUGCACAAGACGGUUCAACUGCAACGAAAGAUGCUAUUUUAGAUGAAUCUGACACUAUUUGGGUUGAUAUACGACAUAAACAUAUGAAAGAUUGUAUUGAUCAGCUUAAGGGUGAUUUAAAUAAAUUUUUAGAAGAAAACUCUACUAUUACUAACAAAGAUAAAGAAGCAAAUUUAAAUGAUAUGAAAAAAAUGCUGGCAACACUGCCUCAAUUUCAAGAUAUGAAGGAUAAGUAUUCGGUCCAUUUGAGUAUUGCACACGAAUGUAUGAAUGUAUUUGAUAGCGAAAGACUCCCUGAAAUAGCUACAAUUGAACAGAAUUGCGCCACUGGAUACACUUCUGAUGGUCGUCAUCCAAAAACACUGGUUGAAGACAUGGUGCCAUUAUUAGAUAGUGCCUUUGUUAGUUCAUAUACUAAAGUGAGAGUUCUCAUGCUUUACAUGAUGUAUAAGAAUGGUAUAUUAGAGGAAGAUAGGCGUAAACUUUUGGCUCACGCGAGGAUCUCCUUACCAGAAAAUGAUGCCAUCAAUAAUUUAACAAUGUUUGGUGUUAAAUUGAUUAGGAGUCAUAUUAAUAAAACAAUAGAUCAUACCGCAUAUCCAUAUACAAGGGAUCCAACAGGCGAUCCUGAUGAGGUUAAGGUUUUACCGCAAGGUCCUGUUUCUCUAAGAAGUGCUCGAGCUGGAUGGAGUAAGAAAGGUCAAACGGCUGCAGGAAAUCCUCGUAUCAUAGUAUUUGUAGCUGGUGGUGUUACAUACUCUGAACUUCGUUCUGCUUAUGAGCUAUCAAACAAAUAUAGUAGAGAUGUUGUCAUCGGUUCAUCACAUAUUACAACACCUCAACAAUUCAUCGAUGAUUUAAAGCGUCUUCGCAGGCAUCCUAACCCUAACCAAUCUUACUCAUCACCUCAGUCGGUGCACACACCACCUUCUCGUGCAGGAAACCAAAAUUAUGGUGGUAUAAAUCCAUCAUCCUUUUUUAAUAGAGCACCAUCAUCUUCAUCUUCUGCAUCCUCUGGCGGUUAUCAUCCACCACAACAAGGUGGAUAUUUCUCAGGAUCACGAUCCAAACCUUUUUUUUGA